AUGGGUCUUUUGUCUUUAGGUACACCUCUUCCAUGGGAGGAAUCACGCCAAUAUUCUGAACACAUCCGUAAGAAUGGGUUGGCUCAGUUGAUUAAUAUGUUCAAUGCUGCUUAUAACCGAUCUGAUGAUAAAUAUCUUUGGGGUGAUGAAGUUGAAUACAUACUGGUCCAAUUCAAUGAAAAAUUGAAAACUGCAAAGAUCAACAUAGAUAAGGAUUAUAUCUUGGAAGAUUUGAACAAAUCUGGUGAAAUGUUUGAAUUGGCUAAGUUAAAUAAUGCCAAUUUCCAUCCAGAAUAUGGUAGAUUUAUGAUUGAAGCAACUCCAUUGAAACCAUAUGACGGUGAUUCCAUAGAUGAUUAUCUAUAUGUUGAAAAAAACAUGAAUAUGAGAAGAGUCGUUGCGGAAAGGGCCUUGAAUGAUUCAAAUAUCAAACCUCUAACAAUAACUUCAUAUCCUUUAAUGGGUGUUGGAAAUUUCACCGAACCAAAAUCUGAACCAAAUGGUAAUGCUUCAAGAUCUCUAUUCUUACCUGAUGAAAUUAUUAAUAGACAUGUUAGGUUCCCAACAUUAACUGCAAACAUUAGAAAGAGAAGAGGUGAGAAGGUUGCUAUCAAUAUCCCAAUGUUUCAAGAUAAAUUAACUUCGAAAAAUGAUGAAUCAAUCCCUUUAAAUAGAGGUUUGUUCCCAGAAGAUGAAGAACCAUCAUUAGGUGCUGCCAAGCCGGGUCAUAUUUAUUUAGAUUCAAUGGGUUUUGGUAUGGGUUGUUCCUGUUUACAAGUUACUGUACAAGCUCCAAAUAUCAACAAGGCUAGAUACUUGUAUGAUUCCUGGGCAAAUUUAGCUCCUAUUUUCCUAAGUUUAACUGCAGCAGCUCCUAUUUUCAAAGGUUAUUUAGCUGAUCAAGAUGUCAGAUGGAAUGUCAUCUCUGGUGCUGUUGAUGAUAGAACUCCUAUUGAAAGAGGUGUUGAACCAUUAAGAAAAGGUCAUGAAUAUGGUAACAUUAGAGAAGAUCAUAAGGAUCAUGUCCAAAGAAUACCAAAAUCAAGAUAUGACUCAAUAGAUUCUUAUCUAGGUGAUUUACAAACUUCAAAUGAACAAAAUCAAGAACCAAGUUAUAGAUUUUUCAAAGAAUCAUUGAAUGAUAUAUCACCUCCAAUCAAUGAACUUGUUUUGAAGUUAUUACUAAAUGAUCCAAACAAACAUUUUGAUAAACCUUUAGCAUCACAUUUUGCUCAUUUAUACAUCAGAGACCCAUUAGUCAUUUUCAAUGAACGUAUCAAUCAGAAUAAUGAACAAGAUACUGAUCAUUUCGAAAACAUCCAAUCAACAAAUUGGCAAACAUUAAGAUUCAAACCACCUACUCAAGCAGCUACACCUGAUAAUAAAUCAAUACCUGGUUGGAGAGUGGAAUUUAGAUCAAUGGAGAUCCAAAUUACAGAUUUUGAAAAUGCUGCAUUUUCAACUUUUAUUGCAUUAAUUGGUCAAGCUUUCAUUCAUCAUCCUGAUGUUUUGAAUUUUUAUAUCCCAAUAUCUAAAAUCGAGGAAAAUAUGAAAUUGGCUCAUAAAAGAGAUUCAGUCUUGAAUGAUAAAUUUUUCUUUAAGAAGAAUGUACUUGAUGACGGUUAUGAAUUUGGUGAAUUCACCAUGGAUGAAAUAAUAAAUGGUGGUGAAAAUUUCAUUGGAUUGAUUGCUAUUGUUAAAACCCAUCUAAAGAAUAAUUUCAAUAUUGAGUUGACUAAAGAUGAUCCAGAGCAUUCAAGAUUAUAUUAUUACUUGUUAUUAAUAAGUAAAAGAGCAUCAGGUGAAAUUCCAACAACUGCAAAUUUCAUAAGAUCAUUUGUUACAAAGCAUAAAGAAUAUAAACAGGAUUCUAAAAUCAAUGAUAUCAUCAAUUAUGGAUUAUUGGAAAAAAUUAAUAGAAUUUCAAACUAUCAAAAUGAAAAUAAUGAAUUGGUUGAAUUCUUUGGUGAAGAACUUUCAACUUAUUUGAUUGAAAACAAACUUGUCAAAGAGCAAUACUAG